AUGGGAAUUUCUAAACUUUGCUGUCAUAAUUCGGAGUCAGGUUUGAACUCUCGAACGCCAGUCUUCCAACGCUUUGCCUGUGGAGUUGGUCACGUGAUGAAUGACAUCACUCGUCAGCUUCUGUUUUCAUUUCGUUUGGUUAUAUUUAUGCAAGUGUUUGGUCUCUCUGCUGCCAAUGCCGGCUGGUUGAUGCUUUACGGACUUAUCAGUGUUGCAGCAUCUUCAGCAAUCGGCGCGUUCCUGAUUGACAACGUCAAAAUUCCAUAUUUGUCCAAGACGCUUGGAAAAAGGAAGGCAUGGCAUUUAAUUGGUACUGUGUUGGGUGCAAUCGUAAUUCCAUUCUACUUCAGCUCCUGUUUCCUUUGUCAGAGCGAUCAAGGGCAAUGGCAACUGAUGAUAUACAUCCCAGUUCUUAAUACAAUCUUGUCAUUUUCAUUCGGCUUGAUGGAAAUUAGCCAUCUUUCGAUUAUUCCUGCCAUUGCUAAGGAUCAAAGCGAAGCUGUUGAAUUGAACGCAUGGAGGUACAUUGUCAUUUCUUUUUUUCUGUUUUGGGUUUUCUUUUGUAUUGAGGUAGUUUUAAGUCAAGUUGCAUGUUCGAAAAUGUUCCAGGUGAACUGAGGAGACAUUUCAUCCGGAAUUAUGUGAUUUUAUUCGUUUUCUUAAAGGACUGCUUUUUCCUUCUUGAGUGGCAUUGUGACCUUCAUCGUGGCAUGGUUGAUAAUAGGACAAGAUAGCAGCGACCAUAUAUCGGCAGAGAACUCGAUGGAUUUUACGGUAAUAUUUCGAAUACUACUUAAACAAUAUCUUUUGCACGCACGAAAGCACGUCUUUUCUCUUUUAAAUUUCAGGUUUUGACUUUAAUUCUGAUUGGAAUAAGUCUACUAUCUGCUGUAAUCUUUCACGUUGGAACCAAAGAGCCUUCUGAAGAAAGUGCUGAAAAACUAUCCAAAAACGAACCGGUAAGAUUUGGUAAAUGUUUACGUUACCAAGACCACCCUUAAUAAACAUCCAGAACCAGCAGAUAUUAAACUAGUAAUAAUAAUAAUAAUAAUAAUAAUAAUUAAAACUAUUUAUACAGGAUUGCCGCAUUAGUUUUAAGAAAAAACUGCUAUCGAUGCAGGUCCUGUAAUAACCAAAGCCGGGUUAGGGAGUGCAGGCGACAACGAUCGAAGGUCCAAAUGCUUUUGCUCCAACGCUUUGCUUUGCGUAAGUUUCACUUGAUAUAUGCUCAAAAGACGCGUGAUCAGAGUACAAGAAGUAGAAGGUCGAAACGCGCGUCAUCAAAUUGCGUUUUUUGCAUUCCAUUCAUUCUUAGUGGAAGUCCAAACGAAUGCUGGCUACAUACACGAGACGCAUGCGUAAUAACAACCUGGAGAUUAGGAUUGCGGGCUCCUCUUGUCGCCCGCAAUAAUCACUUGUACCUUAGUAAAAGCUUUUUCAAGGUUCAAGUUUAUUUCGCACUAUUCAAGUUGAUACAGUAUAAGAUGGCUUAACAGAAUCAGUAGGUUAACAAAUGAUGAAAAAUAUAUAUAAUAUACAAGUUUCGUGUAACUUGUGAGUAUAGUUUAUGGAUUGAUAGGAUUUGACUCUGCUACUGAUGAACAGAUGAGCGAAGAGUCAAAGAUGGAUAAAAACUCUGAGUCACCAGGGAGCAUUGUUAAUGAAGAAAACGGCAUUCAAGGAACAAACAUCGGAAUAGGGGCAACAGAUUUCAAAGCUAACUCUUCAGUUUCUAUCGAGCACCUUGGUGUUGACAAUACAGCAUAUAAAGGUGACACAGAAUUAGGCGUUCCUGCAUUGGAAACCAACCAGACCAAAGGAUUUAAUCCCGUUACGUCUGGAGACCUCGAAUCUGCUCUUCCAGUUUCACUCAAACCUAAAACAGUACGAGCCUGGCUCAAGGAUCCACAUCUGUAUAAGGUGAAUUAGGUUCUUUGGGGGUUUCUUGCUUUAUUUUGUUGGUAUUAGUAAGAUUUUCUGCAUGGAAUGAGUUACCCAUCCAGUUGUGAUCAACAAUUUUGUCCUUUUUGUUUUGUUCGUUUGUUUUGUUUUGUUUUGUUUGUUUGUUUGUUUUUUUUUUUUCACGUAGGUCGCUAUCAUCUUCACGUGUGCAAUGUCUGUCAUAAGCCAGGCGUACGCCUACCUUCCAUUGUUUCUUAUCUACAGGGUACAGUUUGGAAAGGUAGGGUAUAUACUAACAAAACAAAUCAAAUUCAAAGUGGACAGACUGCAAAUUAUCUUAGUUGCUAAAAAAUAUACAUCUACGUGUCGCAACUGUUCAUCAGUAGGAUGCCUAAAAUGCGUGCAAUUCCACAAUUUGUUUCGGCUCCAUUAAAUCCUAUACCAAUUGCAGAACAUUUUAGGAGGAGCCACCCACCAUGUGAGCACAGUCACGGACAAUGUGUAAGUGAGGAAAAUAACGCAAAGUAAAAUUAAGACGUUAAUAAACGAACUAAAUGUACACGUCAAUUAAAUAAAUAAACAAAUAAUGCGCCCGCUCAAAAUAAAAUUGUACGCGCACACGUACUAUAUACCGAGAUACCACUGAAAUACAACACUAUGCAAUAAAUAAGUAAUGCAAGGAUACGAUGGUGCAAUUCAAGCCUGGAUUGCUAAAUUAGACACGCAGUGCCACGUCUGCAAAGCCAUUUUCAGGAGCAUGCAUGAAGCAUUUAUUACAAGUUCUGUAUUUAUAUACCGCACCCGUAUUGGACACUAUAGACCAUAUGGAUACCUUUAUUCAAAGAAUUGGCCAGAUAUACUCAGAUAGUCUCGCUUUGAAUUUCAUUUCAAUUCUGUUAGUUCAAUCUGCUUUUGGUAAUACCUGCAUGUAUUGUAGAUUGGUACACUAUGAGUAGUCCCCAUUAGAGCGAGCGAAACGCUAGCGCGCGUGAAAAUCCCCGGUGCGGCUGGGAGAGAGCGUCUCGCCUUUCUCGCGUGGGGUGACGUUCACGCGCGCUCGCGUUUCGCUCACUCCACUAUCCCUGAGGAAAAAUGGGGACUACUCUUAGUCUAGGAGAUGGGUUGCUUUGAAGAGAUAUUGACGGUCUUGUGUUUCACUAAAACGUCGUCAUCAAGUUGGUGCUAGGUUUUUAAUAAUUUUUGCUCUACGCUUUGAUGAAUAGGAGGCCAUAGCGUAUUUGCCACUUAUAAUGUUGAUAAGUGCAGCAUUGUCUUCGGCACUGUCCAAGAAACUUGUAGCCAUAAUUGGAAGCAAGGUAAGAAUCAUUACCUAGGUUUUUCAAAAAUUAUUGUCCGAUAAACGAAAAAGCAAAACGCACUUUUAGCAAUGAAGAAAUACAUCUCCCUAUCUUGUUCUGUCUUGGAUUUACGGACAUUUCAAACUGAAGUGGUCCAGUUGUGCUUCAGGAAUGCUCGUUAGAAAAUUGCGGUUUCAUCGCUGGUUUGCAUUGCAUGGAGUGUAUGGGUGCGGUGUAACUGUAUGGAAGGCCGGGUCCAGGGCUUCCUUUUAAUCACACCAAAUCCUGCUGCAUUUCUAAAUUUUUCAAAACAGUGAAAAUACCUUGUUUGGAAUUGAAACUGAAAAGGUGAAAUUAAAGGCUACUGGCAAUCCGAUUUUUCUCUUAGAUCCGUUAGUCACAACUAACGCCUACGUUUUUCGCCCCUCGCAGCUUCGUCAUCUCACCGCUCGUGGGCGCCACCACCGUAACUUUGAAGAAAAUAAGAGACUCUUUGCAGACCAAAAAAAUAUGUACUUUCUUCCUUGUACCUUUUGCACCCCUCAUUUGGAGAUAACUAGCUUCAUUUGUUACGGCUCUAAAUUUACGCUAUGAAUCUAGAACAAUGAUUUGCUUUUCCUUUGACAAGACCACCAAAAUUGUUUAGUUAACUUUGAUUACGUUAAUUUUAACUCUCGUGUUUUCAUUUUUUCCAGUGGUGUUUUGUCCUUGCUGCCCUCUUCGUGAUUACAGCUGGUGUAUGGUUUUAUUUCAUCACCAAGUCCAACAGAGUAAUGACCUACCCAGCCACUGUGUUACUGGGUUUUGGAUUCUCCGCCAUGCUCGUGAAUGCACUAAGCUUCGCUGCAGAACUCAUUGGAGACAACAAAGUGAGUUCACUCAUUUAAAUGCCGAAGAAAGGGACGACGAUUAAGAUUAUUUUUUUAAAAAAAACUACAAAGAAUAGCCAUGUGACACCAUAACCCUUUGAUUAAAAAAAUACUUACAUUUUAAAAAUACUUAUUAAUUUUCUCCUUUUUGGUUUUGGAAUAUCAUUUCUUGCUGAUCGGGUAUUUUCUUUCUACUUUAUAGAGCACAUCUGGUAUCGUAUUUUCUUUUAUGAGUUUGAUGUCAUACCUAACUAGCGGAACAUUGAUCACCACAAUACAGAAUUUGUUUCCUGAAGGAAGGUAA